UAUAUGGAAAUUCUAUUUAUCGCAAGAGACAGAGUGAAGCCUUCCUAUGUAUUCCAGGUUCCAAAGUGACAAAAAUUGAAGCUACAGUGGUGCCCUGUACACAGAUUUCCAUGUCAUUUUUUGAUCGGCUAUACUCUGAAGGUGUUGUCAGAGAAACUGGAGAUAUUGUGAAAUGUUAUGAUGACUAUUACGAUGAUAUUCUCAUCUCUGAUGAAUUAAGGAAGGUCUUGCUUCUGGAAGAUUCAGACCAUUAUGACUUAUUCAGUCAAUUGGAUCGCAAGGAAUUUCUGUUCUGUCUUUUUAAGCACCUUUGCAUUGGAGGAACUCUUUGCCAGUUUGAAGAUGUAGUUGGCCCAUACUUAGAAACUACAAAAGCUUUAUAUAAAGACUUGGUGAGUGUUCAAAAGAAUCCUGAAACGAAAGAAAUAAGUAUUAUUUCUACAGUCUUCAGAGUGUCUGCAUAUGAUGACAGUGGCCUAUGCUACCCUUCAAGCAAAAGCCACCAGCAGACUUUUGCCUACUUGGUUGUGGAUCCCUGCAAACGCCACGUGCAUACUCUCUAUCACUGUUUUGGUGGAAGCUUAUUUACCAACUAG